AACAAACUCUCACCAUGGCUUAUUUAUGAACCCUGCAGAGCCUCCAUGGUGAAGCUAAGCCCAAGACACACCAGUCACGCACACUGACUUCCAAGCCAAGCUAAUUAGCCAGAUUGGCCAUGGUUAAGAGGUUUACGCACAUAUCUGCUCGGGGAAGGAGGCCAUAAAGAAAUCCCCAUAAAUAAAGAGGCUCAAAAGAAAAGGAUAGUGUGUCGAGAGAAGCCUUGAGGAGCAACACCCUCCUCCCUCUCUCUCUCUCUCUCUCUCUCUCUCUCUCUCUGUGUGCCAGUCUAGCAAUCUUUUUAGCCCGCCCUCCUCUCUCUCUCUCUCACGCCCCUGAAAUAGAGGAGGCAGAGAAAUCAGAGGAGUUUAAUGUGCACCCACAUCUCCUGAAACCUCUCUCUCUCUCUCUCUCUCGAAAAACUGAAACUUUCUUGCUGCAUUUCAAUACUCUGCUCAGAGACAAACCCUUUGGACCAUUUGGGUUUUCCUCUUCAUUUCCUUCUGGGGAUUACUCUGAAACGAAAGCCUAUCUCAAAAGAAAGAACAGAGGAACGCCCUUUGUGGAGCUCUUCCAAUUAAAACACCUACACCUCUCUCUCUCUCUCUCUCCCUCUCUUUCGGCUGCUUCUGUUUGUCAGAUCUGUUUUAGGACCCCCUCUCCCUCCUUUUCUUAUCUUUUCAAUAACUGUGUCCCGGUUUGUGCCAUUUAAGUGGAACUCAAAUGAGUAAAGAAGAGUUCUUGAAGAUCCAGACUUGUGUUCUAAAAGUGAACAUACACUGUGAUGGCUGUAAGCAGAAAGUGAAGAAAAUCUUGCAGAAAAUUGAUGGGGUUUUCACCAUCAAAAUAGAUGCAGAACAGGGCAAAGUGACCGUUUCAGGGAACGUGGACCCAGCUCUACUCAUCAAGAAGCUCAAUAAAUCAGGCAAACAUGCAGAGCUUUGGGGUGCUCAGAAGUCCAACAACAACAACCUCAACAACCAGUUCAAAAACAUGCAAAUUGACAAUGGCAAAGGUGGCAACAAGGGCCAAAAGGGGGGCGGGGGCGGAGGCGGGGGCGGCGGCGGCGGCGGAGGCGGUGGAAACAACCAGCCUAAGGGUGGUCAGAACCUCCAGAACCAGCAGCUUCCACAGCUCCAGCAGCUUCAGCAGCUCCAGCAGCUCCAGCAGAUGAAAGGGUUCCAAGAUCUCAAGCUGCCCCAAUUCAAGGACCUGAAGAUGCCCUUCAAGGACCCGGGUCCGAACCCAAACCAGAAAGGAGGGAAAUUCAUCCUGCCUGAGGAUGAGGAAUUCAGUGACGAUGAGUUUGAUGAUUAUGAUGAGUUUGAUGAUGAGUUUAUGGAUGAUGAGGAGUUUGAUGAUGACUUGGAUGAUGCCCACCACCAAGCACUCAACAAGAUGAAGCCAGUGAUGGGCAAUGGCCAGAUGCCCAACAUGAUGAUGCUAAAUGAGAUGAUGAAUGGGAAUCAUGCCCAGCAGCUCUUGAAUGCUCAAAAGGGUGGGGGAAAUGUCGGAGGUAGUGCUGGUAAUAAUGGCAAGAAAGGUGGCGGUGGCGGUGGUGGUGUGCCUAUUCAAGUGGGUGGUGGUAACAAUGAUGGCAAAAAUGGGAAUGGUGGGAAAAAAGGUGGAGGAGGAAAUAAUCAAAACCAAGGUGGUGGUGGAGGUAAAAAUGGUGGCAAGAACGGGGGUGAUGCCAAAAAUGGUAACCAUGGCGGUAACCCUAACAACAAGAAUGGCGGUGGCGGUGGCGGUGGCGGUGGCGGUGGCGGUGGCGGUCCCAGUGGCAACAUCAAUGGGAACGGUGGCAAAAAGGGUGGCGGAAUGGAAAACGGGUUCCUCCACAUGGGUGGUGGUGCUAAUGGUAGUGGUGGGCAGAUGGGUGGAAUGAAGAUUCCAAUGGGUCAUCAAAUGGGCAGCAUGCCAACAGGGCAAAUGAGCAAUUUCCCGGCUGUCCCAGGCCUCCCAGCCGGCUCACUGGGUGGCGGCGGCGGAGGAGUGGGUGGAGUGGAUGGCUACUUCCACAGUGCCAGGCCGGAGGCCAUGCCCGGAAAUCCUUACCAGCAGCAGCAGCAACAGCAGCAACAGCAGCAACAGCAGCAGUACCUAGCUCAAGUGAUGAAUCAGCAGAGGGCUAUGGGCAAUGAGAGGUUCCAGCCCAUGAUGUACGCCCGGCCACCGCCAGCUAUCAACUACAUGCCGCCAUACCCGAACCAGUACCCGAACCCAUAUGCCAGCUCGUACCCAUACCCAUACCCCCCGCCGCCCCCCCACGCGGAGGGGUACAGCUACUUCAGCGAUGAGAACACAUCAAGUUGCAAUGUGAUGUGAGAAACUUUGCUUCUAGAUAGAGUUGCUGCUGCUGAAGGGGGUUUUUGGUCUUUUAGCAAGAGUUUGUGGUGGUUAUGGUGGUUGUGAUGGUGGUGGUGGUGGUGGUGGUCUCAGCCACUGGUGAAGAACUGGAAAUCUCAUGUUAUAUCAUACUUGCCAAUGGGGUUUUUAUCUUUUCCUUUUAAAAUUUUAGUGCCCUCUUUUUUCCCCUCCCUCAUAUCCUUAAGCAAAGAUGUAGGGUUAUCAAAUUUCUGUAAUAGGGAAGUAACUAUAGAUAAAAGGUAAUGUAAGUUUCGUUAGGGGAGGUACUCUGAGAUAUGUAUGGUGGGUGGGGUUAGUGGGCCUUUCUUCUUCCUCUCUUUGCUUUUAAUCUAUGAGAUGUUUAUAUGUGUUUA